UUUUUUUCUUUUUCCUCUCUCGUCUCUAUCUGCUCCUCUCCACAUCCAACCUCGCUCGUGAUAUCACCAAUCGCACUCAGUUCUUCACAAUGUCUACCGUCCGCUCCAUCCGUGCUCUGGCUCCUCUCCUGGACCGCGUGCUCGUCCAGCGCGUCAAGGCCGAGGCCAAGACCGCCAGCGGCAUCUUCCUGCCCGAGUCCAGCGUCGAGAAGCUCAACGAGGCCAAGGUUCUUGCCGUGGGACCCGGUGGUCUGGACCGUGAUGGCAAGCGCAUCGCCAUGGGCGUUGCUGUUGGCGACCGAGUGCUGAUUCCCCAGUUUGGUGGCUCUCCCAUCAAGUCUGGCGACGAAGAGUACCACCUGUUCCGUGACAGCGAAAUCCUUGCCAAGAUCAACGAGUAAAAAAAGCAUAAAGCAAAGUGAAAGCAUAAUAAAAGCGAUAAAAUACCCGACGUCAUGACGAGUGUACUAUAAUCUGUACCAUACGAAAACAAAAAAACAAUCUAAAAAAUGAUUCUACAUAUAAAACAUCUGUCGCCUCCACAAUCUUGACCCUUACAAGAAGAAAAAGGACACAGUAAUUCAUUAGGAUGGGCCAAAGGGAAAAGCAGAAGAAAUUUGACAUAGACUGGAGACAUCAUGGAGCUAUCAGUGGCGUGGAAAUCUUUUUUCAUUGGAGCUACCAGCUUGAAAUACCUGUUUUGCUUUUCUUCUUCUUCUGCUUUUGG